AUGACCAACACGUUGGAUAUCAUGACCAUCAUCAUCCGCGUUGCGAGCAGUCAUCUUGACAAUGCGCCGCCAUGCUACAGUAGCAAUCCGCUCGUUGCGUAUGCGCUGUCCACGGGCGCUGCUGACCCCCUCAGCCCCUCUGCCUACAAUGAACUGGUAGCGGCCGCGGGGGACAAGCUUGGGUUUGGCCCCAACACCAGCCUGGCUGAGCUGAUGGAGAACCCAGUCAUGGUCAGCACCUUCUGGGACCGCCCAGGGUUCCGCCGCUUCGGGCCCCAAGCCUACGAGGGUCAACUCGUUGGAGGGCAAAUGCAAUGGAAAGCCCGCAACAGACCGGUGCGCUACACCAGCCUGGUCGAGUGGGACGGUAGCGACAGUCUCGGAGAGCACAUCAGUCGCGACUACAUGAUUCGUGGCACGGACCCCGAACAUCCUCGCGUACUGCAAGGCCCACAAGACGCCGCCAUCAUCCGAGUCAUGUAUACACCGAAGCGGCCGGGAAUCAAAGGCUUCGACGAUGUUCGUACCUUUCGUGUCGAGGGCACAGAUCUGGUGCAGCAGCCCGACGGGAGCCUCGAGCCGGUGGAGACGGUUACAAAGUAUAACCUUGUCGCCGCCGCCGUCUACUGCAACGAUCAUGACAGCAGAUCGUUCAGCAAGAUCAGGCUGUUUGAUACAUGGGGUCGUGCUGACGAGCGCCCUCUUUAUGGGAAGCGCUUUGCCAUGGCCAAGUGCAACUAUUACUCCGACGACUGGCGUAUUGGCGAGAAGGGUGAUCCGCAUGGUUACAUGCUUCUCUACGUUCGGAGCAACGUUGAGCUCUUGCCAGUCACUGAGGUACCUGUGGUCGAGUCAAAUCCCGCCGCCAUGUUUUCGAGCAUGUUCGCACCUGGUAAUGGCAUCGUGUCCAUGCAGUUCGACGAAGCGGAGACACGUCGUCCUUAG